GUCCUUUGCAAGGGUCGACUCAUGCGCACUCAAUUGCUACCUUCUAGCUCUCGUUUGGCUAUGACGAAGGUCUAAGAACGGGAAGAGUGUCUUCCAUGCAGAUGGAUAUAAUGCCAUUUCGCGUGUGUGUCGGUUUAUGGAAGUGAAAAAGUGUCCCUUAGGUGUUCUUUCUCCUACCAACACUUUGUGACUUGGUGUUCUCCUGUAUUGUUUGACGUGCUUCUCUCCAUGCCACUACGAAAAUCCAUUGUCGCCACCACCGAUCUGUCCAUCUACGUGGUGGAUGUAACGCCUGAAGGCCAAGUUGUUACGGGAGGAAGUAGUUACGACGAUUCUGGCGUUCAGAAUAGAAUUGAUGUCUAUGACCUUUCUGGCAAAGGAAACAAGCUUGUGCCUUACACGUCAUUGUCCAUGGAGAGUUUUAGAAGCAAUGAUAUAUCUCUCGCCGUGCACCCGAGCUCAUCCAUCAUAGCCGUAGGCUUAAGCGUUCCUGCUCCAUCAAGUGCAGGAAAGGACUGCAAGAUACUUGAUUUGACUGGAUCAAGUAUCGUCCCGAGAUUAGCUGUCAGAAUCAACAGCAGUAGUCAGUCAGAGUAUACGCAGACUAUUACCAGAUUCAGCGCUUCCGGAAAAUACUUGAUCGCUGGAUUCAACGAUGGAAAGAUAGCCGUACUUAGAUAUCCGUCGAUGACUGGAUUAUUCCCUCCGUUGACCAUUGGCGAAAUUCUCGAUGUCGACCUGCAAACCCACUGCGGCGAAGAGGUUCUAGCUGUUGCAUCACCAAAAACGAUCAGAUUGAUCAACGUACGCACUGGAGCAGUGAUUGAAGUUAUAGAGAGUCCUAUGCUGAAUCAAACAACAGCUGGUACAUUUGCUGCGUGCAGGUUUGGCAGACAUAGUUCGAGAGGCUACCUCUACGCUGUUGUAAAUGUUACUUCUAACCACAAGUCUGGGGCCUUCAUAUGCUUGUGGCAGCUUGGAAAGAGGAUACACAGUACGCUGCGUAAAGGGAAGACCGCCAGUGUGACUAGAUCCCCAAUAACUGCGUUCAACAUGAGUUCCGAUGGAUCGUUGCUGACCUACGCUGCAGAAGAUAACUCCAUUGGAGUCAUAAACGCUUCAACAUUGCAACCGGUCUAUCGUCUGCGAAAUGCCCACGAAAACCCCAUAUUCACAAUCACAAUGAGCAGUGACAAUUCUUUCAUUGCAAGUGCAGCUGGUAACCAAUUGCGAGUGACACCCCUUCCAAACACUAUAUCUAAAGGUAACAGUUUUGAGCUCAUUCCAAAUUGAAGUAUACAG